AUGACAUGGGGGUGGAGAAAAAUCUUGUCUAUCCGGUCCUUUAUUCGUCCGUUCAUUUGGUUCUUGAUUCGUGAUGGUACGGAGGCUAAUGCUUGGAAUGACAACUGGUGUGCUUAUAGCCCUUUGCGGGAUUUCAUUACCCCUAGACGAAUUCAUGGGGCGGGGUUUAGCAUGCGAUCUUCAGUGUCAGAUCUCAUUGAUACUCAUAAUGGGUGGAAGUGGCCGAUUGCUUGGUUUGACCUUUAUCCAGUUUUGAUUAAUUUAAUGCCUCCGAAUAUUGUUCAUAAUGUUCCUGAUAAACUCGUGUGGAAGAAUAGGCAGGGCAACGUCUCAGAAUUCAGUGCUAGUGAGGCUUGGGAGAGCAUUCGGGUGCGCGGUGAGGAGGUGGAUUGGGUUAACUUGGUUUGGUACGGUCAGAGUAUUCCGAGACAUUCUUUCCACUUGUGGCUUGUUAUUAAGAAUAAGCUAAAAACCCAGGAUCGAAUGGGAGUUUGGGAUGCAGGAAGUGCAACUAAUUUAAAUCUUAUGUGCUGCCCUCUAUGCAAUCAGGGUAAGGAUUCUCGGGACCAUUUAUUUUUUCGAUGCUCCUAUGCUUUGCAAGUGUGGAAUCGGGUGAAGGAAAUGGCUUAUAUGGAUUCGGUUGAUGAAAAUUGGGAUUCCAUUAUUGCUUGGCUUUCUCAACAUGCUAUUAAUAAUUCAGCGAAAAGCAUUGUCAGUAAGUUGGUGGUUGCGGCUUCGUCUUAUUUCAUAUGGCAAGAAAGAAACAACAGGCUGUUUUCUAGAACUCAGCGAAAUGCAACAGUGAUCGCAAACAUUGUUCUUCAUACAGUUCGCCUAAAGCUGAUGACUUUCAAGGCUGGGAAAGGUGUCACACCCGGGGCUUACCCUUCAUUACUUCUUUCACGACGAGAGGAACGCGUCUGCAUCAGUCGAAGUGGUGGAAGGCCCCCUGAGUCAAAGGGAGAGCUUCUACGCCUCUCUCCAAGAGAUACGAUUUGGUAUCUUAAUCGGCUGAAGGAGAGUGAGAGCUCGAAGUUGCCGGUAGGUCAAUAUCCGGGGGUUGCUUUCCCUUAUUAA